CCGCCCCGGGCCGCCGCUGCUGAGCCGCAUGGGCCGGGCCCCGCGCCGCCGUUGCUCCGUGCGGGUGAACAAGCUUGUUCACCUUGGAGCUACAAAUACUGGUGAUUUGAGACUUCAGCUCAUCCCCCACUGCACAAGCAAGCGCCAGAAAAAUGAAUAUCCAGGGGAAAGGCUUCCCCUUGGACCUUGGAGGAAGCUUCACUGAAGAUGCUCCAAGACCACCGGUUCCUGGUGAGGAGGGGGAACUCGUGUCCACAGAUCCCAGGCCAGUUAGCCACGGUUUCUACUCUGGCAAAAGCGAUGUGGUUAGGAACGAGACGUCCACGGCAACGCCCAGGCGCUCGGAUUUGGAUUUGGGGUACGAGCCCGAGGGGAGUGCUUCUCCAACUCCCCCCUACCUGAAGUGGGCCGAGUCGCUGCACUCCUUGCUGGACGACCAAGAUGGCAUCAACCUCUUCAGGACUUUCCUGAAACAGGAGGACUGCGCGGAUCUGCUGGACUUCUGGUUUGCCUGCAGCGGCUUCAGGAAGCUGGAGCCGUGUGUGUCUAAUGAGGAAAAAAGACUCAAGCUGGCAAAAGCCAUUUACAAAAAAUACAUCCUUGACAACAACGGCAUUGUGUCCCGGCAGAUCAAACCGGCCACAAAAAGCUUCAUCAAAGACUGUGUCAUGAAGCUGCAGAUUGACCCCGACAUGUUUGACCAGGCCCAAACGGAGAUCCAGUGCAUGAUAGAAGACAAUACCUACCCGUUGUUCCUUAAGUCGGAUAUUUAUUUGGAAUACACGAGGACAGGUGGGGAAAGUCCAAAAAUUUACAGCGAUCCCAGCUCAGGCUCUGGGACAGGUAAAGGGCUACCUGGUUACCUGCCGACUCUGAACGAGGACGAGGAGUGGAAAUGUGACCAAGAGGCCGAGCCCGAGGCCAGCAGGGACUCAGCACCUUCCAGCAGGCUCACGCAGAAGCUGCUCCUGGAGACGGCCACGCAGCGCGCUGCCUCGGCCCGGCGCUACAGCGAGGGCAGGGAGUUCAGGCAUGGGCCAUGGAGAGAGCCUGUUAACCCUUACUAUGUCAACACGGGCUAUGCUUUGGCACCAGCCACCAGUGCCAAUGACAGUGAGCAGCAGAGCAUGUCCAGUGAUGCUGAUACCAUGUCACUGACAGACAGCAGUGUAGAUGGGAUCCCACCCUACAGACUCCGCAAGCAGCAUCGCAGAGAGAUGCAGGAAAGUGCCAAAGCAAAUGGACGUGUGCCACUACCUCACAUUCCUCGUACAUACCGAAUACCAAAGGAUAUCCACGUUGAGCCAGAGAAGUUUGCUGCAGAGCUGAUCAAUCGUCUGGAGGAGGUACAAAAGGAACGUGAAGCAGAGGAGAAGUUAGAGGAGCGCCUGAAACGCGUCCGAGCGGAAGAAGAAGGUGAGGAUGCAGAUAUCUCUUCUGGUCCCUCAGUCCUCAGCCACAAGAUGCCUUCCGCCCAAGCCUUUCAUCACUUCGCUCCUCGUUACGCUGAGAUGGGCUGUGCUGGGAUGCAGAUCAGAGAUGCCCAUGAAGAAAACCCAGAAAGCAUCCUGGAUGAACAUGUCCAACGUGUGAUGAAAACACCAGGCUGCCAGUCCCCAGGACCUGGCCGCCACUCUCCCAAGCCACGCUCCCCAGAAAGUGGUCACUUGGGAAAGCUGUCAGGGACACUCGGAACAAUUCCUCCAGGGCACGGCAAGCACGCAACAAAAUCAGGAAUGAAACUGGAUGCAGCUAACUUGUACCACCAUAAACAUGUCUACCACCACAUCCAUCACCACAGCGUGAUGAAACCAAAAGAGCAGAUCGAGGCUGAGGCCACGCAGCGGGUGCAGAACAGCUUUGCUUGGAAUGUAGAUUCACAUAACUAUGCAACAAGGUCACGGAACUACACUGAAAACUUGGGCAUGGCCUCUGUCCCCAUGGACUCUUUAGGCUACAGUGGGAAGGCGAGUCUGCUCUCAAAAAGAAAUGUUAAGAAGACCGAUUCAGGGAAAAGUGAUGGUGCCAACUAUGAGAUGCCAGGAUCUCCUGAAGAUGUGGAGAGAAACCAGAAGAUCCUUCAGUGGAUCAUAGAAGGAGAGAAGGAGAUCAGCAGGCAUAGGAAAACAAACCAUGGCUCUUCAGGUGCUAAGAAGCAGCUGUCCCAUGAUGUAGCCAGACCCCUCUCCAUUGAGAGACCUGUUGCAGUGCAUCCCUGGGUCAGUGCCCAGCUCCGGAAUGUUGUCCAGCCUUCCCACCCCUUCAUCCAAGAUCCUACCAUGCCGCCCAAUCCAGCCCCCAACCCUCUCACCCAGCUGGAAGAAGCUCGCAGAAGGUUGGAAGAGGAAGAAAAAAGGGCUGGAAAACUCCCCCCUAAACAAAGCAGGUUGAAGCUCCUGAAGAGGCCAGGCAGUGGCACGUCCCAGUCCUGUGAGAACAUCGUGGUGGCUUACUACUUCUGUGGAGAGCCCAUCCCUUACCGCACCCUCGUCAAGGGGCGCGUGGUCACCCUGGGACAGUUCAAGGAGCUGCUGACCAAGAAAGGGAACUACAGGUAUUACUUUAAGAAAGUGAGUGACGAGUUCGACUGUGGUGUGGUCUUUGAGGAGGUGCGGGAGGAUGACACCAUCCUGCCCAUCUUUGAAGAGAAGAUCAUCGGGAAGGUGGAGAAGAUUGAUUAGGCUCCAGGGCUGCUGAGGAGUGAGGACAGGACUGUGAAAGACUCUGGGACCGGAGGAGAAGGCCUGGGGCAGAUACUGGUGGUGCUACUGCCACGGGCACCGGGCGAGCCCAGGGCCGCCUGCUCCGGCACGGGUUGCCAGUGGAAGCCCUUUCACCCCACAAACCUGCCAGUGGGAGCCUGGGCUCCCUCUCCAUACCCAAUAUAAGUGUAAUGUAGCAUUGUACAGUGCAUUAGAAAGUGUAAUAUGACCUUGUUUACUAAAGCUGCAUAUUUUUGAUAUAUUGUAAUAAAAGGAAAAUAUUUCCAAUGUCACAGUGCUCUUAUGUAAAUGUAAAACGUACAGGUACUGCAGAACUCACCCAAAGUGUACAGCCACCCGUCAGACUCUGUCUCUCCUCCCUGUCACAGCACCCUCCCCAGACCCCCUGGAUGGCUUCGGAGUGACACGGGGCAGAACUGCUCCCCCCCCAGCAGUGUGGAUGGGGUGGGCUGAGGUCACCCCUCACCUCCGAAGAUUCUGGAGUCCUUUGGAACAAGUCCCUCACCUCCCUGGCAGUCUCAGCUGCUGGAUAUGGUAGGAUGGUUUUUAUUCCUCCUGAGCUUUCUUGUGACCGAGUAAAUCCCAAGGGAUGGAAGGCUGGGGGCCAGCUCUUGGGGCUGGGGGACAGGGUGGCAGGCUGGGUGCUGGCAUCCCAUAGCCCCCCCUGCCCCCUGUGCCCCUGGAGGAGGGUUUGCUUCCCAGCAGGUGCUGCAGCUAUGCAGGGGGAUGGAAUCCCUGUGCCCAGCCCCCUGGUUCUGGGCUUUGUUCAGGGGGUUCUUUUUAGGAGAACCAUAAGAGGGAACUGAUUAGAUACUAAAGCUGAGGAUAAAAAAAAAAAAAAAUGUGUUUUUAUAUGUCCUGCAUCUUUUGUCAGCUUCUGUGUCUUAAGGGGAGGCAGCAUGAGGGCCCUGCUGCUGUGAUAGCCAGGGAGGGUGUUGAUGCCAGUCUGUGGGGCUUGUGUAGGGCCAGCUCCCCUGGCAGGGCAGGCAGCACCCUGGGAAGCUCCCUGGGCUUACUCGGCCACAACAAAGCUUCACUCAGCACCCUGCCCUCAGCCCUGCCCUGCUCCCACCACCCCUCACCCCUCUGCGGAAAACGAGGUGGCCCCGAAGCCCAGGGGGCUUCCACCUGGGUGCUGUCCCCACCUGGUGUGUUGUAGCUGCUGUGACACCGUGGGGAGGUGACUCAGCCUGUUGUACAUGUCACCGAGUGCCUUUAAAACACGGUUCUGUGACUUGCCCAGACACUGCCUGAGGUCCAGCAAAACCCGCGAUCGUUUGCAGCCCGGGAAUGGUGUUACGAGCAUUUUUUCUCCCUGUUUUGUUUUCUGUUGGUUUUGUUUUGUUUUUUUUUUAAAAAAAAAAAAGUUCUGAUGGUGUUGUGUCUGGUGAGGUUGUUAAUGUGCCCGGGAUUUCUGUCUUCCCCCUUUUUUUUUUUUUCUCAGGGGGUCCCCUGUAAAUAUGUACAGCGCCCGCGCAGCCCCGGCGAUGUCUCCUCUGCAUUCUCAUGUGCUGACUUGUACAAUGAUCUUUUCAAAGGUACUUGGAUAAAAUGAAAUAAAACCCCACAUCCCAU